UCCUCGACUUAUCUGUGCAGUUCAGCUCCCUCGAUUUCUAAAAACAAGCCGUAUCCUCGGGAAAGUCCCUCGAACUUCUUGUAGACGUGUUGCGUUAUAAAAAAAAAAGGUUCUCUCCGAUGGUAGCCGUUACGUAGUCGUUUCUCUUUCUCACGGCUUUCUCUCGGCUCCGCCUGAUCGUCGUUUACGUGCCUUCCCUUCCCCUUUUACGUCCCGUUGAUAAAUUCGGAGACGAACAGCGUGUACCUUCAGUGUGAAUCCGGCCCAAGUUGGGAUUACAAGUGCAGUGGCGGGUGCACGUGUGAGCUUGUGUGUGCAAGACUUUGGAUUACAAUGAUCACAGCGACAGCGUCGCAGAUAUUUCCCACCAUGUCGGCUUACAUAUCCGACCUGAUCCAUCUGCUACAGCAGCACGCUGACCCAAGAACCAAAGAUUUCCCUCUCAUCGGGAACCCCACCAUGGUAUUGACCCUGAUAGCCUGCUACCUCUAUGUGGUUAAGAUUGGCGGGCCGCGCUGGAUGGAAGACCGCAAGCCGUACGACCUUCGUAAGACCAUCAUGGUCUACAACCUUGUCAUGGUCGCCUUGAACGUCUUCUUCUUCACCAAAUUCCUGACGCACUCGUACUUAGGAGGAGGCUACAGCCUCCUGUGUCAGGGCAUCGACUUCGACGACCCAAAGUCCAUCCCCAUUGUUACGUACUGCUGGUGGUACUUCAUAGUACGUAUCCUGGACUUCGCAGAUACGAUGUUCUUCUUGCUGAGGAAGAAAUAUAGUCACAUAUCGUUUCUUCACGUUGUCCACCACUCCCUGGUUGUGUGGAACGGCUGGCUGUUCAUCACCUUUGGCUCAGAUGGUCAAGGAAUCCUGGGUGUCAGCAUCAACUCUUUCAUCCACAUUGUUAUGUACACCUACUACUUUCUGUCUGCCUUCGGACCGUCGGUACAGAAGUACCUCUGGUGGAAGAAGUACAUUACCACCAUGCAGAUUCUGCAGUUUGCUGUGUUCAUCGUGUUCGUCUGUGUGCCUCUCUUCAAGGAUUGCGGUUACCCCAAGAUCCUCACUUAUCUUGCCGCCACUCAGUGCUUCUUCUUCCUCGUGCUCUUCGUCAACUUCUACAUCCACACCUACACGAGGGUGAAGAAGGGUGAAGUACACUUCUUCUGUGGCAACUACGAAGCGGGACCGGCCCCUGCAGAGGGUGGUGCUGUGCUCAAGAACGGUGUAGUAAAGAACAAUACUCUUCAGAAUGGACUUACACACCGGAAGCCCCUGGCACACUGAGCGGUUCACCUACACGUGUAUAUACCCAUCAUGAACACACAGUGUCAUUCAUAUUUGAGCUGACUAGGUCCUGGCUAUACUGGGCAAACUGGCCAAAGCUCCUACCUCGCAUUGAGAACCACUUUGGCGUUUUACUUUGAAAUGUGUUGAUAUGCGCUACGCACAUCGGCCGUGGCAAUUCGCCUUAAGUAAUCUCCUCAAUGAUUAUCGCUCUUUCCGGUGCCAAGGGCACAUUAUGCAACGGCCAAUGUCGUGCCCUCAUUUAUUUUAUCUGUUGAUAUUUGCGUACAAGCGGCGAUUAAGUAACGGCCUAGCAAAGAAGGCCAACAAGUUUGCUUUCGUAACGGUUAUCUCAUACGCCUACAUGUUUUUCUACAAUCUUAUCGCUCCUCAUCGAGUGAAAGAAGGGUUGUACUUUUACUUUUUUUUAACAUUCGAUACUUUAUCCUCUGUGAUAUACGGUAGACAAAAUGUGAAAUGCAACAACAUUUCUCUGUUUUAGUUUUCUAGUGAGUCCAGAAAUGGGAUGGUAUGCAAUGAAAACGACUACAAAAAGAGAAGAAAAAAAGUGUUCCGCCAUAAAUGUAGCCGUUAUGAACGUAGCCUGUUAUUUAUGAAGCCUGUUAUUUAUUGCAAGUAGGUGCAAUGUUCACUUAAUCUGAUCGCCAGUAAUAGUUGUGUGUCUGUGUCUUUUGAAACUGUAUUUUUGGGUAGGAGCAUCAGCACAUCAUGUACAUACGACAUCAUCAAGUUUAUAACUAUGCUUCGAGAAAUAUAUAAUUUUGCUAAGACCA